AUGCAGCCCAACCUGUUCCCCUUCGGCAGCGUUCUGGGCAACCCGUUCCUGUUCAAUGGUGAUUUGAGCGAGGGGGGAUUUGAGAGCUCCCGGGUCUUCUUCUUGCUCCCCUUCUUGCUGUCCCAAGGCGGCGCCAUGGACUUGUCCAAGGUCGGGGAGAAGAUCCUCAGCUCCGUCAAGUCCGCUCGCUCCCUCGGCCUCCUCCCUUCCCCCUCUGAUCGCCCCGAGGUUCCGGCCCGAGCAGCAGCUGCGGCGGCUGUCGCCCGUGCUCUGGCAGGAUUGCCUCCGCACCAGCGGUACAGUCUCUCCUCUAGUUCGACGGAGUUGAGUUCGAUAUAUGGAACCCGACCUUCUGGUGAAGUUGUCCCGGAGCCAGAAGAUGAUUUCUAUGAAGAGGAGUUUGAUCCAGUGAGGUAUAUUUUAGAGCAUGCUCCUUCCGAAGAAACUGAGUUGGCAUAUUUUGAGAAACAGGCUGCACUUAGAUUAUCACAACUGGAUCUAGUUUCAGAACGGCUAUCCCGGAAUGUUAUGGAACAUCAUGAAGUAAUGGUGAAGGGGAUGAAUUUGGUGAGGGAACUGGAGAGGGACUUAAAGGUUGCAAAUGUCAUCUGCAUGAACGGAAGGCGGCAUCUGAACUCAUCGAUGAAUGAGGUGUCGAGGGAUCUAAUUGUCAAUUCUAAUUCUAAGAAGAAGCAAGCUCUCUCGGAUGUAUUGCCUGUGCUAGCUGAGCUUCUUCAUGCAAUGGACAUGCAAAAUGCAUUGGAAUCUCUUGUUGAGGAAGGAGAUUAUUGCAAGGCUUUCCAAGUUCUAUCUGAAUAUUUGCAGCUCCUAGAUGGAUUUUCAGAGCUGUCAGCAAUGAAAGAGAUGAGCAAAGGUGUUGAGGUUUGGCUUGGGAAAACUCUCCAAAAGUUGGACUCACUGUUAUUGGGAGUGUGCCAAGAAUUCAAAGAGCAGAACUACUUAACUGUAGUUGAUGCAUAUGCUUUAAUUGGGGACAUAUCUGGUCUUGCUGAGAAGAUACAGAGCUUCUAUAUGCAGGAAGUCCUUUCAGAAACACAGACUGUUUUAAGGAGUGUCGUACUAGAGGAUCAAGAAAUGAAUCAACAAAAUAGCAGACUUACAUUCAGUGACCUAUGUCAUCGGAUACAAGAAUCUAAGUUCAGGCAGUGCUUAUUGCAAACACUAGCUGUGUUAUUUAAGCUGAUGUGUUCUUACUAUGAGAUCAUGAGCUUUCAGCUGGAGAAUGAGGGUUCAGCAGCUCUGCGAUCUCCCAGUUUCAAGCAAAGGGAAAGUGAAUCAGAUGGAAGAGUUUCGGAUUCCCAAGGAGGUCAUGCCGUGAAUUCCGAAUCUUUUGAGAGGUUGCAAAGUUCAAAACCUUCAGAGGAAUCUGCAGAUAGCACUUCUCAUUUUGUUUCCUCAGGCGACUCAGUUGACAUGGCGAGGGACAACGGAAGUGCAGCAUCAGCAAGCGGAUCACCGUGGUAUCAAUUGAGAAAAGAUGCAACUAGUUUUGUUUCACAAACUCUUCAGAGAGGACGCAAGAAUCUGUGGCAGCUCACAACAAGUCGUGUUUCUGUUUUGCUUUCUUCCGCUGUUAUUUCUUCAACGAGCAUUCAUCAAUUCUUAAGGAUAUAUGAAGAUCUUAAUGUCUUUGUCUUGGCUGGGGAAGCCUUCUGUGGAGUUGAAGCAACUGAAUUCAGAAACAAGUUGAAAGCUGUCUGUGAGAACUACUUUGCAGCUUUCCAUCGCCAGAAUGUCUAUGCAUUGAAGAUGGUACUGGAAAAGGAGAAUUGGCUGAGAUUGCCACCAGAGACAGCCCAUGUAAUUACUUUUGCUGGAUUAGUUGGUGAUGGAGCAGCUUUAAUUGUUCCAAGCGGUAUUACUGCAAGAGAGCUUCAUUCUGAUAAAUCAUCGAAUUCUGCCGAUGCUGGUUCUAGGAAGGGUGGUUUCUCUCAUUGGCUUAGGAGUGGAAACAUAUUUUUGCAAAAAUUAGGUGGAAACUCCAAAGAUUGUCAAAGUCCAAAUGGGGGGAUCACUCGGGGAGUUGAUGGAGUGAUUGCAGAUCAUCUCCAUGAUUACAGAGAUUCUCCAAGAAGUACUGAUGCGAAUCGUAUGAAUGGGUAUGCCGCUUCUGAAGAAGAAAAUGAAGAUCUCCUUGCAGACUUCAUUGAUGAGGAUAGUCAACUCCCUAGUCGUAUUUCGAAGCCCAAUCUUCCAAAAAGAAAUCCGCACUUCAGUGAUGAAGAUAGCAUGGUCCAAACAGGAUCUUCUCUGAGUCUGUUAAGGUCUAUGGAUAAGUAUGCCAGGCUCAUGCAGAAGUUAGAAAUAGUAAAUGUUGAAUUCUUCAAGGGCAUGUGCCAGCUUUUUGAGAUCUUUUUCUACUUUAUUUAUGAAACUUUUGGCCCACCAUCUAAUUCAACCGGGAAAGGCCUUAGUGAUUUUCAUAAUUAUCGACUGAAAUCAGCUAUGUCCAGAAUAACUCAAGAUUGUGAUCAGUGGUUAAAACCACUAAAUGCUACAGCGCCUUCCUCUUCAACUGCUUCUUUGAAUGAUGUAACACCGACAAGUCCGAGUACAACCUUUGGUCAAUUAUCAGGCACAUCUUUAGGUCUCAAGGAAAGAUGUACUGGAGCGGAUACAGUGUCUCUGGUUGCUCGAAUAUUGCACAAGUCUAAAGCUCAUCUCCAGUCCAUGCUGCUACGAAAUAAUGCUGUUAUAGUUGAUGAUUUCUUUGCAAAUCUGGUGGAUACUGUACCAGAUCUUAUUGAGCACAUUCAUAGGACAACUGCAAGACAACUUCUGCACAUAAGUGGUUAUGCUGACCGAAUUGCAUCUGCUAAAUGGGAAGUGAAAGAGCUCGGCCUAGAGCAUAACGGGUAUGUUGAUCUGAUGUUGGGAGAGUUCAAGCACUAUAAGACGAGGCUCAUGCAUGGGGGAAUUCACAAGGAGGUACAAGACAUCCUAUUAGAACACGGUCUUGAAAUUGUUGCGGAAACUCUCACUGAAGGUCUCUCCCGAGUCAAGAGGUGCACUGAUGAAGGGCGAGCUCUGAUGUCUUUAGAUCUUCAGGUUCUGAUUAAUGGGCUGCAGCACUUUGUUUCCGCAAACGUGAGGCCAAAGUUCCAAAUAGUCGAAGCCUUCAUCAAGGCUUACUACCUUCCGGAAACAGAAUACGUACACUGGGCCCGCGGUCACCCGGAAUACACUAAGAAUCAGAUCGUGGGGCUGAUCAACCUUGUCGCAACGAUGAAAGGUUGGAAAAGAAAAACCCGAUUGGAAGUGCUGGAGAAGAUUGAGUGAGCUGGCCCUCCAGUUCAGUUUGAACCAUGUAAUGUUUCGAGCCCUUGAUUUUUCCUUGAAUUUUGGUUCUUCUGCCGAGUGAUGUAUAUUUCGGUAAAUUAUAGAGCAAGUAGUUUUAGGUCAUUUUUCGUGUAGAGCUUGUUUGAGGUUGUAUAUCUCCAGAUAUCUCUGCGUGUAAUAUAUAUUGUAAUCUCGAAUCACAAUUCAAAUAACGAGCCUACUAGAGUUUCCCCGAUCCAUUGCUCGGAAAA